AUGCCGUCGAACACAUCCUCCGAAAAGGCCGCUCCCCUCAUCAACACCCACAAAGAAAUUAUUUACACCAACUACUCCCCCCGAUGCCCCAAUUGCAUCUCCGCCAUCCGCGCUGCUGGCUUCCUCGCCUUCGAAACCGGCGACUACACUCCAAAGGACAUUGGACACUCCGAGCACCGUGACAGCGACCAGGCAUCCGUCAGUACUGAUUCGGAGGUAGGGUAUGUCCCCCGCGAGGCCAACGGAAACUGGAGGGUCGAUAUCAUGAAUAAAUACGGCGUCGGGCUUAAAAUGGAGAGGGCAACCCGGCCAAUUUCCCCAGUCCCACCAUCCCCAUUGUCGUCUCCGCCGGAGAGGAAAGCUAGCUACGGUCUUGUUGGUUCCAGCCAUGAUUCGGAGUCGUCUACUCGUGGAUCGAGGACCUCCUUGAGCUCAAAGACCACCACCUCUGGUUCCGUCUCGACCGCUGGCGACUCUACAAUUGGAUACUCUACAGCUGGAUAUGGCUCUAGUUCUAGUUGCAAGUCCCCAGCCCGUGGGUCCGAAAAACCCCCUACUCCGAAGUACACUGCCUCGAAGCCCGCACCCAUUCCAACCUCCGGUGGUAGUUCUAGCUCUCUUUCGGCCGCUACCUCGCGUUUAGGAAGCUUACUCCUGGCUCCUCUGUCUUCUUCGAAGCACAAUCCUGAGGAGAGUUUGAGCAAGGGGGAAGAAGCGCGGCUGAAGAAAUUGCAAGAAGAGAGUAAGCUUCGAUUUCUCGAACAAUGUCCGAAACGUGACUGA